AUGGCAACGCGUGAACUCCGCUUCCGCCUGCUGUAUCCGGGGGAAGAAGACCGCUAUCAACUCGACACUCCACUGGAACAUCACUGCUUUAGUAGCCUCUCAUUUCGCAUCCCGACGAUAGUAGCUCCUUACAUCACAAAAAGGUAUAUGUUCACGCUAGAAAAGACCCCGGCUGGUCUCACAUGCAUAGGCUGUGGUAGAACCCCAUUUACUACCUCACACUUCACAUGUCCAAACGUGAUGCCCUAUGUGUCCAAACUAAUCACACCUCGACAAGAAGUCGCAGUAGAUAGCAACCUUAUCGAUGCCCUCUGCUCACGCAAACG